GCCAAUCUAAAUUGUGUCAAGUGUAUUAAACAAUAAAAUAUGAUUAUCAGUAAUAGUAAAAAGUCGAUUGUAUCACAUAAUUUCGAUCAAAUCAUGUUAGAUUAAAACAGAAUUAAAGCGGAUAAAGGCGUGUUUUUGCAUUUUUAUCGUGUAGGAAAAUGUGCUAUUUUUAUUAAAAUUUAAUAACGUUUAUACGUAAAUACAAACGCAAAGUCGAAAAACAACAAUGAGCGAAGACACAAAAGAAGAAAACAGUGAUAAACAUGAAGAAUUUCAAGAAACUGAUCCACUUAAAGAUAAUAUAGAAGAUCCAACAGGUGAAAAACAACGAAGUUUUACAGAAAACUGUGUGCACGCAUUCAAAAACAUAACAGUCGAGCCAUCAAUGUUCUUCUUCAUAAUACCAAUGAUCUUUUCAAUAUUGACAUCGCAAAAUCUUAACCUAGAAAAGGCUUGCAGGGUCAAUUUAAAUUUCACAGAUGAAAUAUGUGACUCGCUCAAAAUGCAGACAGUUGGUGCACAAAACGAAUAUGAAAAAGAAGUACAAAAACUAGUCGCAAGAGCUAUGUCUUGGAGAACAUCAAUCACUGCAACAAUUCCGUGUGUUUUAGCGCUGUUUGUCGGUUCCUGGUCUGAUAAAACUGGGUAUCGGAAAAUAUUUUUAAUUAUACCCAUCUUGGGCCAAUUGCUUGUGUGUGCUAAUGGCAUAUUUCAUACAUUUUACUUUAAGGAAAUAGGUUUGGAAGCGUUAGUAUUCAGUGAAGCUAUACUCGAUGGAAUAUUAGGCUCUUGGUGUAUAUCUAUGUUAACUAUGUUUUCGUUUAUCAGUGCUAUUACAAAUGAAAAGAAUAGGACAUUUCGUAUGGGACUCAUAAAUUUCAGCCUAACCGUCGGCUUUCCCAUAGGCAUGGGUCUUAGUGGGUUGUUGUUGAAAAAGCUCGGGUAUUACGGAUGCUACUUUUUAGCUUUUGGACUACAUUUUGUUAACCUGACAUACAAUACAUUUAUAUUAAAGGAUCCAGAAAGGACUGUUGAGCAGAAAAAGAAUGAUAAUCAAGGCGUCCGACAUUUAGUGCGUAUUUUCUUUGAUCUAGGUAACUUGAGAGACACAAUUAAAGUAGUAUUUAAGAACGGCUCAAACCAUAGACGUUUUCGUGUUUGCGCUUUAUUAGUCGUCGUGGCUAUAUUAUUUGGACCCAUGCAUGGUGAACUUUCAAUAAUGUACAUAUCGACAAGAUAUAGAUUCAAUUGGACAGAGGUAAUGUUCAGCAUAUUCCAAGCAUACAACUUUGUCGCCCACACUAUAGGAACGAUAUUCUCCAUCGUUGUAUUCAGUAAAUAUUUGCAAUGGCACGAUUCUUUAUUAGGAAUUAUAUCAACUCUUAGUAAAAUUGCUUCAUCAUUUGUCUAUUGUUUCGCUACGAACGAAAAAAUAUUCUUUAUUGCUCCUUUAGUAGACAUUCUGAACGGGACAGCUUUAUUAGCAUUACGAUCAACUGUGUCCAAGACAGUAGCUGCAGAUGAAUUUGGCAAAGUAAACUCAAUAUUUGCGUUAACGGAAAACCUCAUGCCUUUAAUAUACGUACCAUUGUAUACUAAAGUGUACACAGUGACUAUGGAGGUUCUCCCAGGCGCUGUCUUUCUUAUGGGAUCAGCAAUGACGCUGCCCGCGGUCUGUGUGUUUAUAUGGUUGCUGUGGGAGCAUAGGAGAAAUUUAAGAAUAUCCAAGGAGAAUCCAGAGGGCACCGCCGACAUUAAGUAAAAUCCACUUUCACACUUUACCCACCGAUUUCCCGGCAUAGUAAAUAAAACAACAAACAAUAACUGGCUAAGACACGUAACCUUGUCGUUAUAUGACAUAUAGACCUGGCAUUUGAAGAAUAUUCUCGAUAUAGACGUCACGAACCUUUGGACGAAAUUCCGAUGUAUGACUUUAUCACUUGACAUCCCAUUGCCCAUGCCACGGCCUAAUAUAUCCUGUAUAGCGAAGUGUUAUCGUAUCAGAGCGUGAUGCAGUCAUAUUGGAAUGUAAUAAGUCAAGUUAUUGCACUAUUAUAGAAAUAAAUAUCGAUGAUUACGAGUUUAUUUACGACUUUAUUCAAUUCAAUAAUCUUUAACGAACUAAAUUACUUUUUAAGAGAUUGACAAAUCGCUCUCUAUGUCUUGUUGUUUGGA